GUUAUUUGCUAAAAUUGUAAUUGCAACCAGAAAAAAAAGGAUUUUAAUUGUGUUCGCUACAAGAAAGACACACAAACAUGGCUGGCGGCAUCACACCGCGUGUCAUUCAGGUGACCAACAUUGCGCCGCAGGCCACUAAGGAUCAAAUGCAAACUCUUUUCGGCAAUAUUGGUAAAAUUGAAGAGAUCCGUCUGUAUCCCACGGUGCGCGAUGUUUCCUGCCCGGUACAGUCUCGAAUCUGCUAUGUAAAGUAUGCGGAGGCGGGCAGUGUACCGGUGGCGCAACAUUUGACAAACACUGUCUUUAUUGACCGAGCGCUCAUUGUAAUUCCCGUACUGGCCAUACCGGAGGAGUACCGUGCACUGGAAAUGUUAAAGAACGGUACCAUUGUGCCAGGGCUGCAGAAGCCGGACUCGAAGCUUCCGCCCGAGGUUAUAAACCGGAUUGAGGGGCAGCUACCGCAACAAGUCAUCAAGACAUACGAUCCCAAGCUGAUCGAGUUCAAUUUGCCCGAGUAUCCGGCACUGCCGUCCUUUUACGAUGCCCGCAAAAUCGAGGAAAUUCGCCGAACUAUUAUUGUGUGCGAUGUAAAAAACGAGUGGCGUCUAGACGAUUUGAUGGACUGCUUUCAACGUGCCGGGGAAGUGAAGUACGCACGUUGGGCCGAGAAGGACAACAAGACCUACUGCAUGAUUGAAUUUUGCGAACAAUCAAGUGUUAUUCAUGCGUUGCGUCUGCAGGGUCAAGAGUUUAAGGGUGGCUAUUUAAGUGUUUAUCACUCUACGUACUCUAUAACCAAACCGGAGGCCAAGUCGAACGAGGCAGCACAGGCAGAAAUUGAAGAAGCCAUGACCAUUGUUAAGGAGGCCCAAAGCAUGAUAUCUGCCGCUAUUGACCCCGUCAUUGGCAUGCUGGCCAAGGACAAGCGUCGCCGUUCUCGUUCUCGCUCCCGUUCGCGUGAUCGCCGAACGAGCCGCUCACCUUCCCAUCGCUCCAGCCGGCGUUCACGGCGUUCUGGGUCUCGCGAAAGGCGCAGCAUCUCGCGUUCCAGGCGCUCCAGAUCCCGUGGAAAACACUCAUCUCGAUCACGCAGCAAGCGCUCAAGAUCGCGCCAUCGUCGCAGCAGCUCGCGUUCAAGGCGCUCGAGAUCGCGAGGGAAACACUCAUCGCGAUCACGCAGCAAACGCUCCAGGUCACGCCAUCGCCGCAGCAGCUCGCGUUCGAGGCGCUCCAGAUCUCGCGAGCGCAGCAGUAAGAAGUCGCAUCGCACUCGUGACGAGAAACACUUGUCCAGAUCGCCACGCUCACGCAGUAAAAGAAGUUCGCCAUCGCCACCACAGAUGCACAGCAAAUCUCGUUCCAGUCGCAGCAAAGAUGUCACCUCGUCCUCACGUCGUCCGCGUUCGCCAGAUAUCCGCAAAUUGAAAUCUAUUUCGGAGGAUGUGGAAGUGAAAAGCUCGCGAUCCAGCGCCGAUUCCAAGUCACGCAAAUCGGUCAGUGUUGAAAAGUCGGACAACAUGGAUAUAUCCAAUUCACCAUAAAUGCGAAACUUAUUUUAGCGUUCUAUAAUAAUGCAUAAAUUAAUAAGCUCUAUUUGCUAUAAAAAAUACAAAGAAUUGUCUAGUUUCCCAUAUGUGACACCUCUAAGAAUUGUAUUCCUCAAUUUUAUUCAAUUCAAUUAGUUUAAAGUAUAAAGUCAUUUGCAGAUUUAAAAAUCAUCCUGUUUGUUUGUCUAAAGCAAAUAUCAUAUGAAAACUAACUUUAAGGCUCACAAUUCAAGUGGCUUAUUCAAUGGAAUGCCAAUAUCCCAAAAUACCUUCGAUAACAUUUAUGUUUUUGCAUACAUUUAAAGCAUGAAUAUAUUAUUAAAUUAAAGGUAAAAAUGUU